AUGAACGCUGCGAUGCAGCCCAACUACCGUGGCUAUCCCCAGGCCACCCAGCAUCGUCCACCUGCCACUCCGCGUAGAGCUGUUCCCAUCCCUGGCGCCAUGAUGCCGGUCCCCAUCCAACAACACGCAGCUCCAGUUCCAAACCCUCAACUCACCCAGCGCAAUGUCCCCAAUCCUAUUGAUGCCGCCUUGCGACGGAGUCGGAAACCAACAGACAAGAAUCUUCCGGAUGGCGUGGAGGAGUCAAUCAUAGGUGAUGGUGUCGCGCAAUAUAAAAGUUUGCGGGAGGUCGAAAAACGCCUGGAUGCAGCUAUGGUGAGGAAAAGAUUGGAUAUUCAAGAUUCCGUCAAUAGAUCUGUGAAAAGAUUCCGAACGUUGCGUAUAUGGAUCUCGAAUACGGUGGAAAACCAGCCAUGGCAGAGAGAAAUGGGCCAGAAUGGCAAUUGUGGAUCUGGGAGCGGGCGUUACAAGGUGAAGAUCGAAGGGAAGUUGCUUGAUGACCAAUCCGAUACCUUUGAUUCAGAAAGUGAUAGCGACGACGAACAAACCAAGACGAAUGGCCAGAAUGAUCCGGAUGUGAUGGAGGAGGACUCGGCGCAAAAACAGAAAAACCAGACCAAGAAACACUCUCUACCCCAACGAAAGCGCCUUUCCCAUUUUUUCAAGUCAAUCACGGUUGAACUUGAUACAAAUGUGUCCUCUGGCGUCGCAGAUCUAGCGACUAUCAAUUGGACCAAACCUCUCAUACCGGCCGGUGCUGUGUCAUUACCACCCAGCGCCGACUUUGACUCUCUUGAGUUUUCCCGGGCUGCGGAAGUCAACCUCAAUGCCACAAUUAGCCUCGUAAGAGACGAAAACCCAGAGCGCUUCAGACUGAGCAAGCAGCUAGCAUCCAUCCUGGAUACGGACGAAGAAGCACGCGGCGGCAUUGUCGUGGGCAUAUGGGAGUAUAUAAAAGCAAUGGAUCUUCAAGAAAAUGAAGAUAAAAGGGCAGUGCGAUGCGAUGACCGUUUGAAGGCUCUCUUCAACCGAGACAAAAUGUUCUUCCCCGCCAUCCCCGACAGUGCCAGCGCACACACCUCCCCAUUAGACCCCAUCAAACUUCCCUACACAGUUCGCGUCGAUCCGGAAUUCCACCAAAACCCAACGCCCACAGUCUACGAUAUCCGAGUGGCCGUAGACGAUCCGCUGCGCGCCAAAAUGCUUUCAAUCACAACGGCCACAGAUUACCCCAACAUGCUCCGUCAAGUCUCCGCGCUCGAUGACCAACUCGCCGUCGUUGUCCAGGCACUCACCCAUUCCAAGGCUAGACAUGCGUUCUUCCAAUCGCUGAGUCAGGAUCCGGCCAACUUCAUCAGGCGCUGGACGAGCAGUCAGAAGCGCGAUCUGGAAGUUAUCAUGGGUGAAGCGACACGCGGCGGCGGGGAAGAUGGGAGCGGACCGGAGUUCAGACGGGGUGGAGCGAAUAGUGCUUGGGAUACGCCUGUUGCUGCGGAAGCGGUGAGGUAUAUGCUUGCGAAACCGGGGCGGUAG